AUGUUACGAUACAAAGACGAUUGGGAAAUGGAGUGUUUCUGCAAGGAAAUCACGGCAGUCAACAUCAUCGCCGAUUUCGAUCGUUGUUCUAUUCGUUCACAGAAGCCGGUUGCCGCUCCAACUCCUGCUGUGCCAUCCUCCGUCUUCCCCGCUGCAUUUACUCCAAGUUUUUCUUCAGAAAACAAUUCAUUACAUCUUUCGACAUAUGGUGAUGAACCUGCUCCGUUUAUUCCACCAACAUCUAAUAGUGUUGCUGCUUCGUUUGGUUCAUCAGCGUCGGCAGAAUCUGCGCCGUUUAGUACAACACAAAAGACGUGCAUGCUGAAGUUAAUGAAAAAAGAUGGGGUGUAUUGUGAAGAUUGUCGUGUAAAAUUGGCCCAAAACUGUGUUGUUGCUGUAGUGGGCAGCCAAAGAAAGCCGCGAUUUAUGAGUGUAUUGUGUGCAGUGAGAAAUGAGCACGCUCAGCGGAUGGUCUGCAGCAAAGAAUUGGAUAAAUUCAACAUCGGAGAAGUGAACAGAAUGAUAAAAGAACAUGAACUUUCUGUCCAUUUAGUUUAUCUUUGA